AUGCGCGAUUCACGAAGUGCCGCAGACUUCUUCAGUUCAGCAUACCGUUCAGGAUACAGAGACUCGUGUCUUCUGGAGAAACGCUUUGUGACGACGGCGAUCGCAUGCCCCGAAGACAUCACGAGCUAUCAGCGUAAAGGAAAGUACCACCAGCAGGUCUUCGAUGGCUGCGAUUCCGUCUUCCAAGCAGAGAGUAGUGGCAUUGCCAACCUUUUGGAAAUUCCGAUUCUGAUCCGGUCCCACGUUCCACCGAAACCAAAACGCAAUCAGUACGGCGCUUGGAUUCCCCAGGACGACGAGAAUGAACCCACAGACGUUGGUCCUGACAGCGUCGAUGCACUGUUUCUCCUGCGAGAUAUUACCUCGACAACCACUGGCCGUCAGGAAACAACAGCUUCGAUGCACAGAUUUCGAACGAAUGAUAGAGACUAUGCGGGCACGAAUGGGUUCGGGUCAUCCCCCAAGGCCUCACGGAGGUCGGGCUCCUUUUCUCUGGUCUGCGCUGACGGAUUGCCACUUCUUUCCCUCCACGUUGAAGCACUUGUCGGUUACAUUCAUGACGAAGUCGAGCCGCGCUUGUCACAUGCGUUGGCAGGGACUGCUUCUGGUGGUGUCGUUGCUAGUCGAGAAGCUGUACUCAAUUCGAUCACCCAGGCCGACUUCUCCAGAUACUUCGACGCUUUCAAGGCCGCAAAGACACUUCAUGAUCACAAUGUGGCAUUCAUUCCUUCUCCAUACGCCAUGUCAAAGGAAUUUCUUGCAGACAUGGAGCGUCAGGCGGACAUUAUGUGGGAGGACCAGAAGGCGGCCGGUUUUAAACAAGAGAGUGAGCAUGAACCUGUUCAGCAGCCUGGAGUGAUUUACCUCUGA